ACUAUCGACAAAUGUAUUUUGGAUUGUGUCGUGCUUUCUUUCUCUUUGCGAAGUGAUUUCUUGAAUGAAAAAAAAUAAAAUUAAAUUCUUGGCUUCUUCUCAGUACUCCGUUUCUGUUUCACUUGAGUCGUCUUUUUGUUUCAAUUUUUUUUAUUCUUUACCAACUGAAACAGAUUUACCUUUUGAUUGAUUGGUGGGGUUGUAGAAUUCUUUCCUUUGAAAUUGAUUUUGUGACUUUUCAGUUUCCACAAAAAACGCGUACACAACCCUUUUUCUCUUGGAUUCCCCAUUUCUUGCUCAAGUAUCUCUGUUCCAUUCCUUUGGAGAAAAGAAAGAGAGGGGUUUGUUCUGGGGUUCAAUAGGUUCAAUAUGAGACGCCUUUGAGGCAGCAAUGAAGAUGGUGAGAUUUCUUGGCACUUUUGGGAUUUUUUUCACUUGGGUUGGGUUUUGUCUGGAUUAAGUUGUAAUUUUUUGAUUUUUAUAUAAUUUGGCAUCAGCUGGGUUUAUUCUAAACGGGUUUGAUUUUGAUUUCUUAUUUAUGUCAUGAAACUUUUAACUGUCUGACAUGGAAUAGUUUGUUUGGAUUUAUGUUUUUUUAUUGAGGUUUGAGGAAGUAAUUGGCUACAGCGACUACGUUUUAUUCACCAUAUGCUGUUGAAUUUGGAGAUUUCUUGAUUGGGUUUUACUGAUUUUGUGUAACUUGGAUAAUAUAGUGCAAGUUAACCUUAUAAAUACUCCUGAGGCAUGUCGAGUGUAGAUGUAUCCAAGUAUGCCCAUAGUCCUGUCCAUACUGCCAUUAUUUUGAAAGACUAUGCUGGUCUAAGGAGGAUCAUGGAAGGCCUUCCACGGCUUUGUGACCCAGCAGAGAUUCAUACUGAGGCAGUUUCACUUGCUGAAGAAGCUAAAGCUGAUGCCAUUUCUGCUGCGAUUGACCGACGUGAUGUCCCUAACCGGGACACGCCACUUCACUUAGCUGUCAAGUUUGGUGAUGAGGCUGCAACGGAGAUGCUUAUGCUUGCUGGUGCAGAUUGGAGCUUGCAGAAUGAACAAGGGUGGAGUGCAUUGCAGGAAGCUAUAUGUAAUAGGGAAGAAAGGAUUGCGAAGAUUAUAAUUAGGCAUUACCAGCCAGUGGCUUGGGCAAAAUGGUGCAGAAGGUUGCCUCGGUUGAUUGGAUCAAUGAGACAGAUGAGGGAUUUUUACAUGGAGAUCACAUUUCAUUUUGAGAGCACAAUCAUUCCUUUUAUUUCAAGGAUUGCUCCUUCUGAUACUUACAAAAUCUGGAAAAGAGGUGCUAAUUUGAGGGCAGACAUGACUUUGGCUGGAUUUGACGGUUUCAGAAUUCAGCGUUCAGAUCAGAGUAUUCUCUUCCUUGGUGAUGGUUCAGAGGAUGGAAAAGUUCCUCCCGGGUCACUUUGCGUGGUCUCACACAAGGAUAAGGAAGUAAUGAAUGCUUUGGAUGGUGCUGGGGAUGCUGCAACUGAUGCUGAAGUGCAGCAAGAAGUGACUUCAAUGUCUCAAACUAAUAUGUUCAGGCCUGGCAUUGAUGUGACUCAAGCAGUUCUCUUGCCUCAAACGACAUGGAGGCGACAGGACAAAACUGAAAUGGUGGGUCCUUGGAAAGCUAAGGUAUAUGAUAUGCACAAUGUGGUUGUAAGUAUUAAAUCAAGAAGGGUCCCUGGGGCCAUGACAGAUGAUGAACUCUUUAAUUCUGGCAAUGAAAAUGAAACAGAGAACGAGGAGGUGGAUGAUAUUUUGACGGAGGAAGAAAAAUGGCAGCUUGAGGUUGCAUUGGAGUUGGACUCAUCAAAUUUAAACAAUGAGCAUGGCAAUUGUAUUAUUGCCCACCGCCAUAGCUGUUAUGAGCAAAGGGAUAUUCCUAUUGAGGACAUAAACGGAUGUACUGAUGGAGAAACAGAGGAAAAAAAAGGAUGGUUUAAUGGCUGGAGGAGACGAGAAAAUAAACUAGAAGAGAAGAAAAAGGUUGGUCCUCCAAGUUCUCUGUGCGUAGAAGAUAAGGUUAGCAAUCUUUUGGAGGAUUCUCCUUCUAGAAGUCAAAGUAAACAGGGUAGACACUCUGUGGAGGUUACUGUGAAGCCGGAAGACAACAGAAGAAGACAUGACUCCAAAGCUUCUUCAUCAACAAAUUCUGAAGUUUCAACUCGCCGCAAGGAUGGAAGCCCUGAGAAUGAGUAUAAGAAAGGUUUGAGACCCAUUCUCUGGCUUUCUCCAGAUUUUCCAUUACGAACUGAAGAACUUCUACCAUUGCUUGACAUUUUAGCAAACAAAGUUAAAGCCAUAAGGCGACUAAGAGAAUUACUCACUACAAAACUUCCCAUUGGGACCUUCCCCGUCAAGGUUGCUAUUCCUGUGAUACCAACUGUCAAGGUUUUGGUUACCUUUACAAAGUUCGAAGAAUUACAGCCGUUGGAUGAGUUUAUAACGCCCCCUUCAAGUCCCACCAUUGGAGGUGGAGAGCCCCCUGCAGUGAUGCAGUCCUCCAGUUCAUCUUGGUUCCAGUGGAUAAAAUCUUCUUAUCAACGUCCUAGUUCAUCUACGAGUGGUGCAAACAGUAGGGUCGAAAAGCUUCAAGAUCCAUUCGCUAUUCCUUCUGAUUAUGCUUGGAUUACCACGGAAGAAAUGAAAAAGAAAAUGAAGGAAAAAGGCAAGUUGAAGAAAGCUAAGAAUUAAAAGCCACAUUUGUAAUCUGUCAUCGAGUGGGAUAAUUUAUAUGGGGUAAAGGAGCUCUACAGGUAUCAAAUUGGUAUAGUUGUUUGGUUGAUAAACUAAUUUAAUUAAUUAAACGAACAAGAAAAACGUCGUAGUACUUGUUGUAAAGAUCUCUCAUACCGUGUGGACGAGUAUAAAUAAAGAAAACUGAGAUAAAAAUCUUGUCCAUUGUAAAAGUUGAAAGUUGUGAUUGUUGUAUAUGUAAGAAUGUUUUACAGAUAAUUUACAAUGUUUUGUUACUGCUAAGGUUUAUUUGUA